AUGCCGUUCUUCUCUCGAUCAGAGCCCGCCCAGCAGCCGGUACAACCGGCACCUCAGCCUGUCUACGAAGAGCAGCCCAAGAAACAUGGCCUCUUCAGUCGCCACCGCUCCCCAUCUCCCGCCCGUACUACCAGCACCAGCACUCGGCACACCAACUCGACCUACCAGACCUCUCCUGAGCGUGGCACCCGAAGCUCCAGCGGCAGUCGUGGUGGUCUUCUCCGUCGGUCCUUUGGCAACGGUUCCGCCAACGAGAUGGAUCCCAGCAUCGUCGCUGCCCGUGAGAGGGUCAUGAGUGCCGAGAUGGCGGAGCGGGAGGCUGAUCGUGCCCUCAUGGCUGCCCGCGAGAGUGUCCGCGAGGCCCGCGAGCAUGUCCGCAGACUGGAGCUCGAAGCUCAGGAGGAGGCCAGGCGGGCCAAGAUCAAGCAACAGCAAGCCAAGGAGGUUUCUAAAAGAGGAAAGCAGCUCGGACGCUACGAUUAG